UGUGAACUAGAUGUCGCCGCCUACGCCACUUCCACCAUCAACCGCGACGUAUGAGACCCAAACCACUGGUUGGAUUGAAAGACUGGGUUUGAUAUCACUCCUCUUCUGCUGAUGUGAGUUAAAAGAGAAUAUCUAUCCGUGUUCAACGCCAAUUCAUUUGGCCCUAGGCUUCUGAAACAGCAGCUGCAGUUCACUUCUCCCUCCAAGUGUGAAACUCGAAUAUUUUCUGAUAUCCAACUACUGUUUGGCUGCUAUCGGGUUGCUGCCGAACUAAACUUCUAGCCUCUUCCAGCGGGUAAAAAAAUUGCUUCUAUUAAUUAGUCUUCUCCUUCCCGCUGUCGUCUCAUCGGGUGUCUAGAAGGAGACGAGAAGAGGAGGGAAGGGAAGAGGAAAAGGGGACGAAAUAAGUCCCCUGGCUUCGCGUCCAGGUGAUCCCCUUCUGCCUCCCAGGUGCAUUUACGCUACAGUAACACCGCCAGAAUGUCCAACAAUCCCGCACCUCAAGGGCCACCCACCAUGAAAUCCUCACUACCUGCAAUCCAUGCAGCUUUCACCAAAGAAACCCCGCCCCCGCCCCCGCCCCCGCCCCAGCCCCCAAACACAAACCCCUCCCGCACAACUACCGCCGCCGCCACCUCCAGACCAAAAGCUGUGACCAAACAACGCAAACCAGCCCCUGAUCCCCGCCAUCUAGCCAUAGCCCUCCACCACGCCCACCAAAUACAAGCCCGCAAGGACACAGAGGCCCUAAUCCUCGCCCGCAUCGAGGAACUCCUCUCCUUCCCUAGUUCCCCCAUUGCCCAAGCCUCUUCCCCUCUUCCCGCAGACGUCCAAGCCUUUAAAGAAGCCCUCAUCCCAUUCCAGCCAUCGGACUAUGACAAUCUAAUCCUGGAAAGGAACAUUGACGGCCGCUGCGGCUACGUACUCUGCGCCAAUGAACAUAGGAAGGAAGACCCUAGGGCGAAGUUCAGGAUUGUAUGGGGGAAGAAAGGGAGUGGGCCUGGCGGGCGCGGGAAGGAAAUGAAGGUUGUACCGAAGGAGCAGAUUGAGAAAUGGUGUUCAGACGAGUGUGCGGAGCGCGCCAUGUAUAUUCGUGUGCAGCUGAUUGACCAGCCGGCGUGGGAGAGGAGCUCUGUUGGGACGGGACAAGCGCAGGCGGAGCAGAUUUUACUACUGGAGGAAGGGAGGGCCAGGAAGGAGAGGAAUAGGAUGAAGGGGAAGGAGGGUGAAAUCGGGGGGGAGGUUGUGCAGGAAGAGCAGGUAAAGGGGGCGAGUGAUGUCGAAGAGGCUAUGCGCCGGCUGGUGAUUAGUGAUAAGAGCUUGGAACCUGAGGCGAUUGUGGAUGGGAUGGGGCAGUUGGCUGUUCGUGAUGAUCGGGAGGCUGGCCAGGCCGCGCUUGCUAUUGAAAGAGGAGAUAGCGCUACGAACCACCGCGGGUUGGCUGCAGGACGGGUUGGUGUGAAUAUCUUGGAGAAACAGCAGGGCACAAGCACUAAAGCAGCCAUGGUUCAACCUCCAUCGUUGCACGCGGAAGAUUUAUGUGGUGGCUCGAUUGAAGGCUUUGAGCCAACGAAGCAACUUGGUACCGCAAGGCAACAUGCGCCAAACGACGACGACGACGACGACGACGACGAAGAUGAUGAUAUCCUCCCUACUAUUUAACGUAUUUAAUGUUGUUUCGCGUUGAGGCGUGCGUCCAAAGGCGGUGCCAUAUCCGGCGUGCACUAUAACGGGUUCUGCAGGAGGGGAUAAAAGGAGUUUACCAAGGUUUUUUAUUCGAACAAUGAUAACAUCUACAUCCGCAAGUUUUUGAGUCAAGUAUAUAUCAAUCGAACUAGCAAUUGAUCUAGGACCUACCGUUUUUCGUCCAUUCCAAAAUAAAUAUUAUCUAUACCAUACCUCAAGAGCACUGAGGCAAUGGUGAGGCUAAAUUUUCAAGGAGCGUCACUCCAAGCAGCCUCGCCUCUUAAAAGGUGUUGAGGUAAACUUGAAAAAGCAAACAAAAGAACAAUUUUGGCAAUCAAGCAUCAUCCGUGAGGAAUCAGCGACACCUUGUCUUGAGAUAAAUACCCUUUAUAUUCUUGUCCGGUUUGUCGUGAGUUAACCUGCAAUAAAAAAACUGAAAGUAAAAAGAGGAGGGCGUCGCACGAUGACUCCAAUGCGGGACAGUCGAUCACAGCGGCCCUUUUUCUUUCCUGUUUUCAAUCCGUCCAGUUCCCGCCCUAAAAAAAUGGGGAAUAAAACGAGGGGGAAAAACGCCUUUCAUUCCAUCAUUGCAUGCGACCUUAAGAUGAAAACCUUUUUAACAACCAAUUUUUUUCAUAGAAACGGAGGGAAUUUAACGGCCACCGCCAUAGCGACGAGGGCGGUUAUCGCUCGUCUGCUGGCUGACUGGGACGACGUUGACCUUGAGGGCAUCAAACUAAACGAAACGAGAGAAGGAAACAGUUAGAGAACAACCUGCAAUUUUCAUUUUUCAAGGCGCAUUGAAAACUUACACCGAGGCUCUUGAGCAGGUCCUUGGUAUCAGCAUCAACAUCCAGCUGUCCGCUCUCGGUCUGCGAGACGUCCAAAGCCGAGAUCUCGGGGACGUAUUGAUCCUUGCGCUCACGCUCCUCCUCCUGCAGCUUGAAGGAGAUACCACGGACAGGGCCGCGCUGGAUACGCUUCAUCAAGUGGGUGGUGUAGCCGGCAAUCUAUUUCGAAAUAUUAGAAUUCACCAAUCGUCAAGUCAUAUCUUAGUUCCUGUCCGUGGCGGAAUAUUGGAGCGCACCUUGUUGCGCAGACGCUUGGAGGCAAUAAUAGCGAUCUCAUCGCAAAUGCGCUUGUUGGUCUCGAAGUCUAGAGUGAGCUUGGGAUAGUACCGCUCAAUGAUGACCUUGGCGGACUUCUUGACGGUCUGUUGGCGUUGCAGUUAGCAAUCUAGGAAUUCCGUUAUAGCAGGAAUUGGAGGAUUUUGUGAUUCUCUUACCUUAGUGCGGACGCGACCCAUUUUGGCGGUUUUUGGUGUGCUGGUUGGGAUUCGAAAGUUGCGGGCGGGACGAGGAGGAAAGAAAGAUUGAUGGAGGUGUGGAUUUCGUGAUGUCGUUUUGGCGGAGAUUUCGCUUCGUUGUGUGCCCUACAUCACGUGAUGUGAAACUUACGUCUUCACACACCUAGAAGAUUUGUAGAGUUUACAGUAAAUGCGAUAAAUAAUGAAAAUAAAUAAUAUAUACGGAAUACGUAGAGAUAGGGAAAG